AUGGAUAUUCUUCGUCUUGCUGUGGCGACUCUGGUCUUGGCCUUACUACGUAUUUGUGCAGGUGCUCAGUACCUUAAUUUAACUGCUGUCUUUGUGUCCCUGAACGGAAAGGAUUCCCAGAGCUGUGGUACAGAUAUACAACCAUGUAGGUCCAUUGCUAAAGCAAUCCGUCAGGUGGCCUGGGGAGGACUCAUUUACCUCGAUGGCACUGGGACCGAGUGGAAACCUUAUCGAUGUAGCCUUGAAAUGGCGCAUGAGCAACAUCCGGGAACUGUUAUCCAGAAAAGUUUGAGAAUGGAGGGUUGGAGAGCCUUGCCACAUAUAUCAUGCUUCAAAGGUUUUCAUUUUAUAAAGAAGACAACUACGAGUCGGGUACUGGCCAUUGCUUUAUCUAGUAUUGCCUUCCGCCAAACGGCAUUGAUGUUUCAGGAUUGUGAAACCAUAACAAUUACUAACUGUUCUUUUGAAGACACGGCCAUUGCUUUGUAUGUUCAAAUAAGUAACAAUGUAAGAAUGCAGCUGAAUAUCCAGCGAUCUUCUUUCGUCAAGAACAACAUUUCAUGCGUAGAAAUUGUUUUGAUUAACAAUGCUCAAGACCAAGAUCACUUUGUGGACGUAAAUAUCAGCGAGACAAAGUUUAUGGAAAACGGGAUGCAGAAACGGUGGUUUGCAAGAGGUGUAGUGACAAUCCAGUCGCUAACCAUGCAGCCAACCAGCGUGCAUGUCCAAAUAUCUUGCUUGAACAUCGCAUCUGUCAAUAACGUUGGCUACUUUAUGAAUCUUGAUCUGCCAUCAGCCGUGACCAGCGAGGUAUAUAAUGAUGUCAGAUUGUUCAACAACACCCUUUCUGAUUUGGUCAAGACAUCCACUGGUAGAAAAACACAACACGUGGUGAACAGUUUGUGCAAUUCUAAUACAAGAAAAACGCGUGCUAAGUUCAGCAACGUAAGAUGUUCUCACAACCAUUUAUUGCGAUGUAUAAAGAUUCAUUCUGAGGAAGCCCAAGUGGAAAUUCGCAACUCGUCAUUCGUUGGUCAGCGUCUUCAAAAGGAAAGAGGGGGAGCGAUAUUUUUUAACUCAACAGCGCGCGGGUCUAUGGUCAUACUCAACACAAGGUUCCGCAGGAACAUAGCUAAGGGUGGUGGAGCUUUGUCUGCUCAUAGUAAAAACGGAAUCCUCAGUCUAAAAAUUACGAAUGUUAACUUCACUGAAUGUACCUCAGAAGGAAAUGUGACCGGAUGUGCUAUUUUGGUUGAAGUCAAUAUGGCAAAAAUUACCUUCAGAGAAAUCAGAAUGCAUAACUGCUUUGGCCUGUACGGUGAAUGCAACGUUAUCCAGCUUAUGUUAUUUGAUGGGGAAGUAAUUAUCGAGGAUUCUUCGUUGAAAAACAACACCCAAUCUAUAACUGGCGCUCUGAUGGUAACAAAUAUAGGUGGCCUCGUCAACGUCACUAUUUCUGGUUGCACAUUUCUUCACAACUUCGUGCAAAGCAACGUUGUUACAUGUUUCUCCCUUUAUCCAACAGCGGGGACAUUAACUAUGGCGAAAAGUGUUAUAUCUGGUCAAGAAAAAAGUGGCAUUAUGUCUGAUGCCAUAUUUGCAUCUUCGGAAUUUCAUAUUAAUCUGACAAACAUUGUAUUAACUUCACAUCGUCACGCACUCUUUAUAAACGGCUCGAUGCCAGAUGCAUAUUCUGAAGUCUACCCUUUACACGUGUCAGUCUAUAACUGCACCUUCCUCGAAAAUAUCCGUGAUAUGGUGGUAAAUUCACCCGACCCAAGUCAGGUGGAAUUAACAAUUAAGAACACCAUCUUCAGCAGCAGACAGAUCAUAUCGGGAUCAUUUGGUAUUUUUAUCUAUUUACCCUCGCAAAUACUCACAUUUUCGAAUGCUGUCAUAGAACUGGAUAACGUAACAUUUGAUUCGAAACCAUGCAAUCGGAUAAAUUUGCUAUUUCGAGGUCAAAAAUCGUUACACGUAAAAAAAUCUUCGUUUCUGAAUAGUGUCUGUUUGGACCGAUUCGGCCUGACUGAUAAUAGUCCCUACAGUGUUUCCGAUAUAUCAGCGGGCGCUAUAUCAAUCCUCUCAAUUUCUGAUGAAAAACUGAGUCCAGGAUGCGUUGAACCUGGAUCAAAGAGAGACAUUCAUCCGACCUGGCAAUAUGAAGCUCACGUGAGAUUUGAAGAUACCAUAUUCGAAGGCAAUGGAGGAUUAAUCACUGGUGCUGUAUACAUACGUAAUGCCAACACUACUUUCGAGAGAUGCAAUUUUCGAAAUAAUUUUGCUAUUGAUAAUUCCGGACAUGUUUAUUCUGCAUAUGGAACUGGGCAAGUGGAUUUCAAAGAUUGCAUAUUCUCUUCAACAAAAGUAAACAUGAAAAUAAGCAAUAUAACACUUCACAAAUCGACGUUCCUGCGGUCGGAAAGUGGAGGACCUAUAAAUCUGAAAAAUACAACUAUGGUGUCAUCUGCUGCCCGAAGGAAUUCCUAUCCAGUUCUAGACAUUUCCAAUGGAGGCUACGUAUACAUGGACGAUAGUUCGACCAUUCAGUGUGCUAUCGGAAGCCAACUUUUGUUGGAUAAUACGACACAUUUUGUAUAUACAGAACAAAACAACAGCGUUUGCAUAAUAAAUGUAACCGUUCUGAAGUACUCUUGCCAACUGUGUUCUCAGGGCUUUUAUAGUAUUCAAAAAGGAGUAUCAUAUGGCUUGAUUGUAAACGACACAGUAACUUGUCUACAAUGUCCUUUUGGUGCCAGUUGUAUUCAAAGGAACAUAGAUGCUAAGCCAAACUUUUGGGGUUAUCCAAUAUCCAGCGACCCACCAUCCCUGAGAUUCAUUGCUUGCCCAGAACAUUACUGCCAAAAAUCAACUUCAGAGAUAGGUUACAACAAUUGUCAGGGAAACAGAAGUGGCACUCUGUGUGGUAAAUGCACUCUAGGCUACAGUGAAAGUCUCUUUUCAACAGAGUGUCGUAUGAAUGAGNAAAAGGUUUAG